AGAAUACAAUCCUUUCCCAUCUCCCUUCUCUCAAGCCAUUUCUUUCUUCCUUCCUUCCUUCCUUCUUCAGAUUUCUGCUAAUGGGUAUUUCCCUGUAUCUCUAUCUCUAAUGACAUCAUUUUCCGGCCAAUUCCCCGCCUUUCUUUGGCUAUAUCUCUUCUUAAUCCUCUGUUUUUGCUCCGGCCACGUGUAUGCUGUCGGAGGAGCCACCGAAUUUGACUUCGGGACGUUAACCCUUAACAGUCUCAAGCUCCUCGGAGAUUCUCAUUUAAGCAACGGGAGCGUGAGGCUUACUCGCGACCUUGCCGUCCCCAACUCCGGCGCAGGGAGAGCUCUGUACUCGAAACCAGUCAGAUUCCGGCGACCGGAGAGUCAGAACGUGGCUAGCUUUACAACAUUCUUCUCUUUCUCAGUAACGAAUCUGAACCCAUCAUCUAUUGGAGGUGGGAUUGCGUUUGUGAUAUCCCCAGAUGACCAGAUCGUCGGAGAUGCUGGAGGAUACAUGGGUUUGAUGGUUCCGACUGGCGAUCCAAUCGGUGUCAUCGCUGUGGAAUUUGAUACUCUAAUGGACGUUGAGUUUGAUGAUAUUAACGGAAAUCAUGUGGGUUUGGAUCUAAACUCGAUGAUUUCAUCUCAAGUUAGCGAUUUGGAUACGGUAGGUGUCGAUCUGAAAUCUGGCGAUUUGAUUAACUCGUGGGUAGAUUAUUCCGGGUUGACUCAAAUCUUCAAUGUCUCGGUUUCUUACUCUAAUCUCAAACCAAAAGAUCCUUUGUUGUCGUUUAAAUUGGAUCUAAAUCCUUAUUUAAGCGAUUUCAUGUUCGUCGGUUUUUCUGGGUCAACUCAGGGUAGUACAGAGGUACACAGCAUUGAAUGGUGGAGUUUUUCUUCAUCAUUCGAAGAAACAUCAAAUCAAGAUUCAUCAUCUCCACCGCCGCCGCCGCCGCCAACCACCAAUUUGAUGAAUCCAGAUUAUUCAGUCAGCCAUACUCCACCACCAUCACCAUCCCCUGCCGCCUCAACAAAAGGAACAAUUUCAAAUUCCGAAACCACAAACAACAGUAAAUGCCACAACCAGCUAUGCAAACAAAACCCAGGUGCUGUCGCCGGUGUUGUAACUGCCGGAGCUUUCUUAUUAGUCUUAUGUGCAGGUUUAUUCUUCUGGGUUUACACGAAAAAGUUCAAACAUAUUAAAAAACCCGACUCAUUAGGUUCAGAAAUCAUCCGAAUGCCUAAAGAAUUCACCUACAAGGAGCUUAAAUUAGCCACGAAAUCCUUCGAUUCCACUAGAAUCAUCGGCCAUGGCGCGUUUGGUACUGUCUACAGAGGAACAUUGCCGGAGAGCGGAGAUAGUGUCGCCGUGAAACGCUGUAGUCACAAUGGACAAGGGAAAACAGAGUUCCUUUCUGAAUUAUCAAUAAUAGGAACACUCCGACACAGAAAUCUCGUCAGACUUCAAGGUUGGUGUCAUGAGAAAGGUGAAAUUCUAUUAGUCUAUGAUUUAAUGUCAAAUGGGAGUCUAGAUAAAGCACUAUUCGAAUCAAGAAUGACACUUCCAUGGCAAACAAGAAGAAAAAUCUUAACAGGAGUUGCUUCUGCAUUAGCAUACCUUCAUCAAGAAUGCGAAAAUCAAGUAAUCCAUAGAGAUAUCAAAACAAGUAACAUAAUGCUAGAUUCAAGUUUCAACGCAAGACUAGGAGAUUUCGGUCUUGCCCGUCAAGUAGAACAUGACAAAUCCCCUGAUGCCACUGUCGCCGCCGGCACAAUGGGUUAUCUAGCACCUGAAUACCUCCUGACCGGCCGAGCCAGUGAGAAAACAGACGUGUUCAGCUAUGGAGCAGUGGUUCUAGAAGUGGCUAGUGGAAGAAGACCAAUAGAGAAGGAAACGAAUGGACGUGGGUGUAAUUUAGUUGAUUGGGUAUGGGGACUUCAUCGAGAAGGGAAGUUAUUGACUGCUGCGGAUGGGAAAUUGAAUGGAGAAUUUGAAGAUGGGGAAAUGAGAAGGGUGAUUUUGGUUGGAUUAGCUUGUUCACAUCCAGAUCCAAUUGAGAGACCCACUAUGAGAAUGGUGGUCCAAAUGCUUGGUGGAGAAUCAGAGAUCCCGAUUGUUCCAAGAUCAAAACCAUCGAUGAGUUUUAGCACGACAGAUCUGUUAUUGAGUUUACAAGAUAGUGUUUCUGAUUUUAAUGGUAUGAUUACCAUUUCCUCCACUUCUCCAUCAGAUCGCAGCUUCGACGGUAAUGAUGAGAUUGUCUGAUAUGAUUUCAUUAUGUUUUUUUUUUUUUUUUUAUCAAUUUAUUAAUAAUCUUUUAUUUAAUUUAUAAACAAAACAUAGUAGAAAAAAAAUAUAUAAUAAUACCCUUUUUAGUAUGUAAGAAUAUAGUCUAAUAUUAGACUAAUAUGCAUUUAAUUUAGGAUGCUGAUUCUGUUAUUUAUUUGUCAUGUUUGUUAAUUUAUAAUAAAUAUUUCAUUAUUUUUU